AUGGUAAAGCCUCCUCAACUCGAGAAUCUUCUUAAAAUUGAUAGUUGGCUAUAUGACUUUCAACCAGAGAUCAUUCGUCGCUAUAAUGUUUUCCUCGACUUUCAAAAACGCAUCGAAGAGUGCGGAGGUAUGGAACGUUUCACACAAGGAUAUAAGGAGUUUGGUUUGAUUGUACAAUCCGAUAACUCAGUGCACUGUCAGGAAUGGGCUCCAGGAGCCGAUCAGCUGGCUCUCAUUGGAGAUUUUAGUAAGUAA